CGGUGUUCUUCCUUCCUGCAUCCGAGUGCCACGUAAGAGCAGCAGCGGCGCUGCGUGUCGAGUCCGCUGGAGGAGACGCCACAGGAGCGCCUGAAACCCGUCGAGACACAGCGAGGAACCGGACAAACAUGGGCGGCUCGCAGAGUGUCGAGAUUCCCGGCGGAGGCUCCGAGGGUUACCACGUCCUCAGAGUACAGGAGAAUUCCCCUGGUCAUCGGGCAGGAUUGGAGCCCUUUUUCGACUUCAUUGUGUCAAUUAAUAAUACUAGAUUGAACAAAGACAAUGACACUCUGAAGGACCUGCUGAAGGCCAAUGUGGAGAAACCGGUCAAGAUGCUGGUGUACAGCAGCAAGACGCUGGAGCUGAGGGAGACCACCGUUACCCCUAGCAAUAUGUGGGGUGGCCAGGGCCUUCUGGGAGUCAGCAUCCGUUUCUGCAGCUUCGAGGGAGCCAAUGAAAACGUGUGGCACGUGCUGGAAGUGGAGCCCAACUCCCCUGCUGCCUUGGCAGGAUUGAGACCACACGCAGACUACAUCAUUGGAGCGGAUACAGUCAUGAAUGAGUCAGAAGACCUGUUCUCACUUAUUGAAACGCACGAAGGCAAGGGUCUGAAGCUGUACGUGUACAACACGGACACGGACAACUGUCGAGAGGUGGUCAUAACCCCCAACAGCGCGUGGGGUGGUGAGGGCAGCCUGGGCUGCGGGAUUGGCUAUGGUUACCUGCACAGGAUACCCACCCGUCCCUUCGAAGAGGGCAAGAAGAUCAACUUUACAGGGCAGGUUCCCAGUGAACCUGUUAAUCCCAUGAAGGAUGGUUUCACAGAGGUGCAGCUCUCUGCUGUCACUCCCCCACCUGCUGUGCCUUCUGCUGCCCCUGGGCUCGAAGAGGGGUUGUCCAGCCUGUCAAUCACCUCAGCCACACCCACUAUCCCAAGUGUUUUACACACAGGUGUCCCAACUGUGCCUCUAUUGCCCACACAAGUGAGCCCGUCAUUGACCACAGUACCUUCCAUCGGCCCUGCCACCACACUGCCCGGUUUGACUACCUUACCAGGGGGUCUGCCUCCCCUCCCCAGUCUGCCAAACAUUCAUCUCAGUAUACCAGACUUCAGCGCAGGUUCAUUGCCCCCCAUAGGGGCGCUUCCACCAACUUUAACAGGCUUCACCCCGCUGCACCCCAUGCCUCCGAUCAACCUGCCUGGCAUGGCCCCUCUGGCUGUGCCCACCAUGCUGCCCCCAGUCACAGGCAUGACCCUUCCCCCAUCUAUGACCCCUGUUCCCACUGAGCAGACCCCAGCUCUUAUUCUGGAUGCCACGUCCUCUGCCAGGUCCCUAGGUGAGGACACACCCACAGAGACGGUCACUGCGGAAACCCAUUCCCCACAAUCAACAGAGGCACAGGUGUCCUCAGAGUCCUCAUAAUAGCAACGCUUCCCCAUCCACUUCCGGCUCUCGCUAGAGUAUUUAUUAAUUCGCAGGAAACAUCACACAACCUGUUCACAUGAACCCCACGUACAGCGCAACACACAUCCAGCAGAGACGACGCUAGGAAAGACAGCGCUCUGCUGCCUGCAAAGUACGUUCAGAGCAGAACAAGGACAUCCCUUCCUGUCUUUCUGUACAGCAGUGAUUCCCCCCCCUUCUUCCCCUUGUCUUUGCAUCACCUUUGCGCCAUUUCCUGUGGUAGACCCCCAUAAUCUCCCGUUCAUUAUUCAUUUGAAUGGUUUGUGAUGGGAAGUGUUAGGCUUUCUUUCAGUUUUUCUUUUUUGUUUUUCAUGACUGAGUUUUGGAAUCUGGGAAUUUAUCAGUGUCUCUUGAAGGAGGGAUUAGCCAUCCUUUUCCUCAAAGGUCCCACUCUACAGGUUAUAUUUACUUGCCAGUAAUUACUGAUGGGUCUGAGACACAAGGUGAUGUGAUUUAUAAAAGCAGUUCACCUUUGAGACUUGGGAUUUGCUGUCCCUUUCUAGUGCAGUCUUGGGUGAUUUCUCACUCUUAGCAUGUUGUUUGCUGCAGUAAGGUGAAGUGACUGAAAAUUACAGGUGCUGUUUGGUUGGAAACCAGAGGAGGUCACUGUAAACCACAUAUAUACAACACCUUGUUCACAUACUCGAGCAAUAAACUCAAGGAAUUUUACACUA